UUAACAUAGAGAGAGAGACCAAUUGGCAACACUGUUCCUGACACUCCUGAUUUUAUUUUUGUUUUCACCGAUAGGUUAUGUCUCAAAUUUAUAAAUUUUCAUGAAUUUAUUUUUCAAUUUUAGCAUUUCUAUGUUAAAAAUUGGUGAACUGAAAAUGAAUGAAGAAUGUCGCGACUAGGUUUGUUAGUCAAAUUGUGAGUUUGUGAAGUUCUAGUUUUGUUUCUGUAAGUUAUCCACAGUAUCUCUAUCCCUUAAUCAUGGAACAAGAGAACUCUUCGCCGAAGGUAUCAAAUAAAAAGAGUAAGAUGAAAAAACCAAAACCAGCACUUUCCGAAGAUGGAUCUUCUUCGAGUGACUUGGUAAUAGUAGAUGAGACAGUUUCUGCUUCGAAAACAAAAUCUUUGACGACUACAAAAGUGUCACCGGUUGUUUCCAGCAGUAGUAACAAUAAGAAAAGAAGAAAAAGAGACAGUGCAUCAAGUGAUGAAGAAAGGUGGUUGACGGCCAUCGAAUCAGGAAAAUUAGAAGAUGUCGAUGAUGAGUUGAAGAAAAUCAAACCGAAAGAUCCAGCCCUCAUGACUGCCAGGCAAAGAGCAAUGUAUGACAGGGGUGGUGAGGGAACUUCUUCUGUAUCAACCCCUACUUUGAUGUCACUGCCAACAGGAUAUAAGGAAAAAGUAAUGACUGCAGAAGCUAUUCAAAAGGCUGCCAUCAAGUCUUUGAAACGAAAACAACUCGCUGAUGAGAAACGAGAAAAGGAUAAGAAGAAAACAAUGGAGCGCCUCCUGAAAAAACAAGACUCUAAAGCUGCAAAGCAAGCAAAGCCAAGAGUUACUAGAUCCUCAGCACCUUCAAUUGUAUAUAAACAAAAUGUUGAUAUAACAUUAAUGUCAUUCCCUGAAGGCUGUGAUUUCCCUUUGAGGUCAAAAGUAGCUCCACCACCACCAAAAAUUGUUUAUUGUAGCAUGGGGUGCGGAAAUAUAAAAAAGUAUUUUUGCUCUCGAACUGGAGCUGCUUUGUGUAGUUUAGCUUGCUAUAAAAAGAAUAUAUCUGGCAUGAGAAAUUGAACACACAACCGUAUUGAGGUUGCAUCAUGAUUUCUUGGUUAGGAAAUUGAAAAGUAACUCAUUUCCUUUCUGCGUGAGAAGUGACUAAUAAAAAAAAGCAAGAUGCCUAUGUAAGUCAGGUGGAAACGCUGGGUUUUGCUGCAAGUUGAGGAAGUCAUGAAGUUGCAGCCAGGAGAUUGUGCAUACCAAGAGAAUUUUUUAACGUUAUUGGUUUUGGAAGUUUCCAAAGUGAUUCAUCUGUUGUAUAUAAUGGAAAAAUAAAGUACUUCCAAACUUGAACUCUC